CUUCAGUAUCAGCAGGAAGAGAAAUGAUGGUGAAGAAGAACUUUCUUGUUUAAAAAACUAAAACGUCCUCGGCAUUCUCAACAACACUCGACCAUGAAUCGCUACUCGGUCGAGCAGCCAGGACAAGCAGGAUCGGAGAUGACUUUAAGUAGUGAGAUGGGGCCGGUCAUAACUGCUUUGAAAGRAGGAAAUAUAUUGACGAGAUACUACUGCAAGAGAGCUCCCGAUCUGAGAGUUUUCGCGCUUCAACCUGAAGAGUUCCAAGUUGCAUGGUCAAGAACUGGAGGUGGUAAAGAAGGCGCCAGAAUUGAAGGAUGUGUUAAAAUUCGUGAAAUUUCCGAAGUUCGCAGAGGACAGUGUUCCAGGGACUUUGAAAAGAAUCCAGAUCUGACACGCAAACUCGAUCCAAAUUGCUGUUUUGUUAUCUUCUACGGCAGUGAGUUCAAAUUGAAAACAUUAAGCCUUGUUGCACGGAACCAUCAAGAACGCGAAUAUUGGGUGACUGGUCUUGUUUUUUCGAUGUAUGAGAGUAUGGUAGCUACACAACCUGUGUUAACAUAUAGGUGGUUGUUGAGAGAAUGGAACACAUUGACUGCAAACACAAUUCAACAAAAUAAGAAAAGGGUUGGAAUGAGAGAAAUGAAGGCAUUUUUCCAGAAAACAAAUAUUAAAUUGAAUAAUACAAGAAUAAAAGAAAUUCUCCAGAAUGUUGACAGAAAUGGCCAAAUCGACUUUGAACAGUUCAAAAGAAUUUAUUAUGAAAUUAUGUGCUUCAAAGAGUUAACAUCAAAAUUUACAGAUUACAUUGAAAAUGGGACAUAUGUCCCACUCAAGAAAUUUCAGAAAUUUUUAUUAGAAGAGCAACAGGAGGGAGCAGCAAGAGAUAUUGAAAUUGUACGAGAGUACAUGCAUGAAUACCUUUCAGAUAAUAGCAGAAAUUAUUCUGAUCCUUUUUUCACUGUGUCAGAGUUUUUUGAUUUCCUGUUUUCAAGAGGCAAUAGUGCAUUUAAUUCAGCACACUGUUCAGUAUAUCAGGAUAUGACUAGGCCUCUUAACAGUUACUGGAUUGCUUCCUCACACAAUACGUACUUGACAGGAGAUCAGUUUCAGGGAGAGUCAUCAGUGGAAGCUUAUGUUAGAUGUCUUAGAAUGGGCUGCAGAUGCUUGGAAUUGGAUUGCUGGGAUGGACCAGAUGGACAACCAAUCAUUACACAUGGACACACACUUGUCUCUAAGAUCAAAUUUACUGAAGUCGUCAGGCAGAUCAAAGAGCAUGCUUUUGUUGCUUCAGAUUUUCCAUUAAUUCUAUCACUUGAAAAUCAUUGCAACUUGCAACAGCAAAAAUUCAUGGCCCAGAAUUUCAGAGAACAGUUUGGAGAGUACCUUCUUACACAACCAAUUGAUAAUGGGAGAGACUUGCCAUCUCCAGAGCAACUACGAAAGAAAAUUAUACUCAAGCAUAAGAAGCUUCCUAAAGAUCCAUCUCAGAAUCCUGUGAUAGACCAGACAUUUGAUUCUUUGUCAGAAGAUGACCUUAGUCAUUCAUUCAAUGGCUGCUUAAUGUUGGAGGAUGAAAUAGAUCAUAGCUGGAAGAAACACUUUUUCUGCUUGACUGUAAAAAACAAAUUGUUUUGGACUGAAGAGCAGACUGCACAGGAAGAAGAUGAAGACGAGGAAGGUUUUUUAGAAGGAGUUGGCAAUGGAGAGAAAGAUGAGCUUCAUUAUGGAGAAAAGUGGUUUCAUGGUAAAUUACCAGAUGGACGUAAAGUAGCUGARCACUACUUGAAUCAGUUCAAUCGUGGUGAUGGAUCCUUCCUUGUAAGGGAGAGCACAACAUUUGUAGGCGAUUUYUCGCUAUCAUUUUGGCGUAAGGGUAAAGUCCAGCAUUGUAGAAUACGAUCCAARCAGGAGAAUGGUCAAACCAAGUACUACCUUGUGGAUCAGGUGACCUUUGAUAGUCUGUACAGCCUUGUUAACUAUUACCAGAACCAUGCAAUGAGAAGCAACAACUUUGAAAUGACACUAACAGAAGCCAUACCACAGCCUAAUGCUCAUUUGGACAAAGACUGGUACCAUGAUAACCUUACAAGAAGUGCAGCAGAAGACAUGUUGAAGAGAGUCAGGCGUAAUGGUGCUUUCCUUGUGAGAAGAAGAGAAAAAGAUGAAAGAACAGCAGAAUCUUAUGCUAUUUCAUUCAGAGCUGAAGGAAAGAUYAAGCACUGCAAGCUAAAGAGAGAAGGCCGUCUCUUUACAAUAGGCACAGCACAAUUUGAAAGUCUUGUUGAGCUGGUAGAGUUUUAUGAAAAAUACCCAUUGUACAAAGGAAUGAAGCUUAAAUAUCCUAUCAAUGAAGCAAUUCUAUCAAAAGUCGGACAGACGCCAGAAGAGGAAGCCAUAUAUGGAACAGGAGAAUAUCACGAUCCUAAUCAAAUAGUUACCAAGCCUGUCUGUAGGGCCUUAUGGGACUAUGAAGGAAUCAAUGACCAGGAAAUGACAUUUUGCAGAGGAGCAUUUAUUACAAAUGUUGUCAAAGAUGACAGUGGCUGGUGGAGUGGUGAUUAUGGUGAUCAAAAACAGAAACUUUUCCCUGCAAAUUAUUGYGAGGAAAUCAAUUCAAUUGACCAAACUACAAGUAAAGAAGAAGAAGAGUUGAAUCCUGAAAAAGAAGGACAAGUACUUGGAGAUUUACAAAAAGGUGCAAUUGAUGUCCAGGGAUGUACAAUAGAAAUGCCAGCACCUAAAGCUAACCAGCGUCAUCUUCUCAGGGUCCUGAAACAUGGACAGCCAGUUUUAGAAGCMGCUGCUGAGACACAAGAUGACCUCAAUGAAUGGCUUUUGAAGCUACAAGAAGCUGCUGCUACAGCACCAGAGGAGAAAGAAAUGAUGAGAAAACAGUCCAUCAGACAAAAUAUUUGUCAAGAAUUGUCAGAUUUGAUAGUYUAUUGUCAGCCUGUACCAUUUGAUAUAGACAGCCAUUCAGGAAAACACCAAGAGAUGUCUUCAUUUCCUGAAACAAAAGCUGAGAGAUACAUCAGCAAGAAGAACAGCAAGCAAUUUGUCAAAUAUCAUCGUAAACAAAUCAGUCGUGUUUACCCCAAAGGAAGCAGAAUAGACUCGUCUAACUAUGACCCUGUCAUGAUGUGGAAUUGUGGUGUCCAGUUGUGCGCUUUGAAUUACCAAACUCCAGAUCGCUUUAUGCAGCUCAAUCAUGGAAGAUUUCUUGAUAAUGGACGGUGUGGCUACGUUUUGAUGCCAGAAAACCUAAGACUUGAUGGCUUCUGUCCACAUGAGAGAGAYACAAGUGGUGURGAACCGCUGACACUGACAGUAACGAUAUUUGGUGCGCGACAUCUAGUUAAAUCAGGACGUGGGAUCACUUCACCUUUUGUUGAGAUUGAGGUCGUUGGUGCACCGUAUGAUUGCUCCAAGUUUAGAACAGAAACUAAAGUUGACAAUGGUUUGAAUCCAGUWUGGUUCAUGACAUUUGAAGCUGACAUAAUCAACCCACCUCUAGCGCUUGUACGGUUCGUGGUGUUCGAUGAAGAUAUGUUUGGUGAACCUAACUUUAUUGGUCAUUCUACGUUUCCGAUGGGCAGCCUGAGAACGGGUUACAGAUCAGUACCAUUGAAGAAUUCUUACAGUGAGGAGUACGAAAUGUCUUCACUCCUUGUUCACUUUGACAUUAGAAGUGCCAAGGGAGAUGAUGAAAAUCUCUACGCCUCGAUACAAGGACUACGUGAUCGUGUUAAUGAAAUAUCAUCUCAGAUGGCAACUGAGGAAAAACUCAACMGKGAAACAAUGACUCAAAUCAGCCAGAGAACCGAACUUUCUCAAGAAGAAGCGCAAGAAAUCCGUAAUCGUCACGUGUUGAACAUGGAAACCCUGGGACGACAAUUAAUAGCCAACCAAACGAGCUUACAACGGUUACAAAGAGAGAGGGCGGCCAGGUACACUGAAUAGUGUGUGUUCUUUGCCGUGUAUCUCUGUGUUGUGGCAAUGUUCAGGGUUCGUAACGAUGACUCCAGUGAUGUGUAAUUAAAAGUUGUACAUUUCAUAGUAAAGUAAUGAUAUAUAGUACGAAUAUACCAAUGAUAGUUAUAAUACAUGUCGGCAUGCACGCUUAUCUCGUGCUUAUCUCAAAAUUUUUGGAACAAAUUUUCAAUACACAACAGAAUUAUGUUGCUUCAGCACUUUGCACGAAACAAGAUCAGUCGAAUUGGUGCUCGUUGCUUCAGCAAUGAUUGAUCAUGUACACUAAACAAGGCAAGUUAACACCUUGCAAUGUUCAUUGCAGCCRUAUGUUGCGUUUUCUUCUUUGUAUGAGCUCCUUAGUCUUUAUCGCAGGCAUUUUUAGUCUCGGCCCAAUCCCUCAUGAGUUCCAUUUUAUACUGCAUGAGUUUCUUGGUAACAGGGGUAUGGGCAAGAAACUAAGAAUGGCUGCAGGAGCUCGUGAUUACGACAAGAAAAAUAUGUCACUAAAAAAACAGAUUCUUUGUUACCUAAGGUAUAGAAUGUCUCUUUGAAUUCGAUCGUACAAUCGUGRUCAAAAGUUUUGAGUAUUAUUUGAAAUAAGUGUGCUCUUCCACAAGGCACAUGUUAUCAUUCCUGAGCAAUCAUCCCCUUCUCCCACACUUGAUGUUCAUAUGAGUAUCUAGUGUCAUUCACGGAUUUCAUUGACAUUAAUUGGACGGAAUAAAAAUUACAAAUAAAUAAGUGAACGAGCYGAAAAACUAGCCUGUAACUGAAAAUUCUGUUUGUGCGCGGGCUAGRAAAAAAGGCACGACUCRAAGUUUGUCGAUUUUGGYCUCGAUUGUAGUUUAUGUCAUACAUAACAGUUUUGCGCAAGAUUUGCUGUUAAAAAUUUGCUACUUUGUGUUUGYUCUUAUUUGGUUUAAUCAUGAACCAAACAGGAUUAGUAGAAAAGACUUGGUUAAAAUGAUGUUAGACAUAGGUUUAAAGAUCGCAAAAUAAAUGUAAUUAAAAAUGAUUAACAAUUCAAAUGCUGAAAGUCUAUUAUGGAUCGUGUCUUUAUCAAAGAAUUCUUGGCUCCAUAAUCCAGAUGUGAGCAAAACACGAACGUAAAAGGCUUGAAGUAGUAAAUAGACACAAUUAUUCACAACAAUAUUAAUAAUCAAUGACAUUAAUAAAUAGUUAGGAUUUUAUACUCAUUUCAUUCACUUGGACUAUCAUGUAACCGGUGCUAGUCAAGACGCCCAGGAAAACAUUAAACGUUGCUAAAAUUACUGA